AUGGCACAACGUAUCGACCUCGCCCCCGGCGGCAGCUGCAGCGGCGUUCGACACCGCGAGCAGUUGACCAGCAUCAUCGUCGCCAUCCCUGCCUAG